AUGACAAGGAGAAGGCACAAGAUGAAGAAAUUGUUGAAAGAGGAUAAAAUUAGGAGAUCGAUGACAAAGAACAGACCGGUGUCUAGAUUGUCUCUGGAGAAAAUAAUCCCUCCUCCAAAGUUUAUAGAUGCAACAAGAACAGAGAUUGCUUCAUCAGAGAAAACAAGAGAAAGACCGGUAACUCAGAGCUCAAGGAAGGUUGAAGAGAAACCGGUUAAAACCGGUUCACCGCGAAAAAUUAAAUGUUUCAGGAGUAAUGCUAAAACUCGAGAUCAGAAUCAGAGCAGGAAAGAGGAGGGAAAGAGGGAGACAAAGAAACAGAAGAGCAGUUUGUCUGUCUUUGUUUCAAACCCAAGACUGUAA